GGCCAGUUCAAUCAUUCCCAUUUCAAUGCUUUUGUUUCUAAUAAUUCCUCUUACACUCUGAAUGUAAAGGAUCCUCGAUUUGAGAGAUUACUCUCUACUCAGAAGGGGACCUAUGCCGAUGAUUGCCUUAUUGAGAGAGUUACUCAGCAUAAGUGUUUCAUUGUCGCAACAUGUGAUCGUGACUUGAAGAGGAGAAUCCGGAAGAUUCCUGGUGUGCCAAUAAUGUACAUCACUAAAAAGGUCAAGAGUGUAAUAGGUGUGCUCAGCUAUAUUCAGUAUGGGAUUUGAAUGGAAAUAAGGUCAUGUGGCAUCUGUUUAUUCUGUUUUACCGGGUCAGAAAGAACAUAUUCAGUUUUGUUUUUCAACUUCGAUUGAUGGCAAACUUACUGCAGUGAGGUUCGAUCAAUCGUAAAUCAAUUAUGGCUUAGCUUUUCAUCCUAAUUUCUUUCAGUAUAUACUGCCACAUGAAAAUGAAAAGCUGUUGCAAGUUGAAUUAUUGGUUAUUGAUGAAGCAGUUGAUAUUCCACUACCUAUGGUGAAGUAUUUUCUUGGCCAAUAUUUGGUCUUCCUGUCUUCUACUGUUAAUG